AUGAAUCCAGCUGUUACUAAUAUUAUGCUCAUGCUUGUCAUGAUGCAAGUUUCUAAAAGAAUCAACUUUGAAGAUCCUGAUAUCUUAUUUUAUACUAGAGCUGGUUAUAUUACUUGUCAAGUUUUAGCAUUAACUAUUUAUUUCAUUGUUAGAGCUAAAAUUAAUGCUAAGAAUGAUUUAACUACUUUAAAAUAUGUUGAACCUGCUAACCCAUUACAAGGUGAAUCUGAACCAAAGGCUGUUGUUACUACUGUUAAAGAAUAUGAUUUACAACAAGUUAAUUCUGCUAUGAAAUCUGUUUUCACUGGUAUGGCUAUGAUGGGUUUUAUGCAUAUUUAUAUGAAAUAUACUAAUCCAUUAUUAAUGCAAUCCAUUUCUACUAUCAAAUCUGCUUUAGAAACUAACAUUGUUAAGAUUCAUUUAUAUGGAACUCCUGCUACUGGUGAUUUAAAGAGACCUUUCAAGGCUGCUCCAGGUAUUAUGGACGCUUUAACUGGUGGUGCAGGUGGUGUCAAGACUGAUAAGCAAUCUAUUGAAACUGCUGAAGUUAGUGGUGCUGGUGGUAUUAAAGAAGAUUAG